AUGCCCUUGCGGCGGGGCCGAAGUGGGCGAGGGAAGCCCGAUCCGAAACACCAGCAUGCGCUCAAAGAGCGGGACAAGGCCUUAGAGACGUUGAAGAGCUUACUGGAAUCGGAGGGAAAUAUUCUUCGCGUCUGGGUGCAGUACUUUGAUCGCCACUAUGAGAGGCAGAUCAGCCGCCAACAGUUCUGCGCCGGAAUGAAGUCCCUGCGCUAUCCAGGGGAUGCCGAUCUGCUCUUCCGGCGCCUCGACACAGACCAGCUGGAGGAGCUGACCUUCGACCAGAUCGACCCAGCGACGUCAGACAUUUGGAUGGGCUUCCGAAUGUGGUGCGUGAAAGUGUUCGGCGACGAGCGCGCGAUGCUGGAAGAGCUGUCGCAGGGCUUCGGGAUCGCCAAUCAGCCUGCGUUCGUGAAAAAUCUUCGUCGAUGCGGCUGGCAAUCCGGGAAAGAGGAGAUGCUUUAUGAAGCUCUCAACCUGGAUGACCACGACGAGCUCGAAAUCGGUGAUCUACGGUUCUUCAACGUGGAUCGCAAGAAGCUGGUGAGGGCCCGCAAAGGCAUGCAGGAUGCACUGAAGCUGAAAGCACGCCUUGCGAAACGCCGGCGGUUGGUGGCGCAAGCCGUUCUUGACUUCAAGGCCUUCCUGAAGAAGAAGUUCUCGACCUACCUCAAAGCGUGGCGAUGCUCGUUGGACUCGGAUGGGUCUAUGUUCAUCCAGAAGAAUGAGCUCUUCCGGGCAGUGAAGGAACUCAGUUGGCAAGGUGAUGUCCGAUUGCUGUGGAAAGGCUUGGACAAGGAUGGCAGUGGCAUCACGCCUCUGCAGGAGCUGGAUCUCAAGAGCGCAGAGCAGCUGGCAAAGUUCCGGCAGCAGUGUUUCGAGAAGUUCGGCAGCAUGGAGGAGUUUUUCAAGGCGAUCGAUGUCUACAACAAAAAGAAAAUCACACGAGCGGAGUUCCUACAGCAGUGCAAGCGCCAAGGCAUUACCCGGGUGGACAAAGCUUUGGUGCACGGACUGGACUGGCAGGGCAGGAAUAUGCUCAUCAUGGACGACUUCAAGUUCUUAGAGACCUGGCGCUGCCCACGAUAUCUGAUUUGCAAGUCCAAUCCGCAGGCGGCACAAGAGUACAAGGAGCACCUGCUUCUGAAGUAUCCGUCCUACCUCGCCGCCUGGCGCCAGCUGCUGGACCGGGAUGGAAGCAAUGUGGUGGCGUGGGACGAAUUCGAGAGCGCAGCGAAGCGGAUCGACUUCGAAGGCGACCUCGCCGGGGCGUGGCGCUGCUUUGAUGAGGAUGUGUCCGGCAGCAUUUCUUUGCGGGAGCUCGAUCCCUUGGCUUCAGAGAUCCUUGAAGAGUUCAAAGCCUGGGCAGACGAGGAGUUCGGUGGUGUCCGGGCUGCGUUCGAAAUCUUGGACGAGGACAAGUCGGGUGGCUUCACACAGCGAGAGUUCGUCAAGAUGCUCCGCUCGUAUGGCUUUCGCGGCGACUGCAAGGCUCUCUUUACCACUCUCAGUGGCGGUGGGCAGGACAGUGUGACGUUGCAGGACAUCGCGUUCCUUGACCUUUGGGAAGACGAAGAAGACACCUCCGAGGACGAACAGAAGCCGGAAAAGCUUGAACAGGUUGCCCCGAAGAAGCCCCCGAGGAUCUCGCAGCGAUUGCAGGAGCUUGCUCGCACAAGAAAGCCACGGCUACCGAUGCUGUCCGAUAGCUCCAAGUCAACGCUGCAGAGCGGAUGGACCACAUCUACUAGCCUCUCCAAGCCUCUGAUGCUGAAGACGACUUAUGGAAGUCUGCCAGGUUUGAAUGGUUUGAAGGCUUUCAACCGCACGGAGUCCGACUUCCGUGCCACUUCGUUCUUCUUUCAUGAGCUGCCACGGACCACCUUGCGCAAGAUGCGGGUGCAGGCGAUCAAGGACGAAAUCCUCUGCGAGGAUCAGAUCAGUGAGGACGUGCAGGAGCUUUCAGUGAACCUGGCA